CACAAUUCUUUGUUUCCGUAAACAGAUACUUGACGUUUUCCAAUGACAAGGGUAGCCAGCUGUCUAGAUAAUGGACAGUUUCAUUUGAAAACGACGGAUCUACCAAAGUCGUCUGAAAAUAUUUAUUACGGUGAAACUAGACAUUUAUUAGUGCAUUAGCUCCUAAUAUCAUUCUAAUCAAAACUAGCUGCUAACCCAGCUAGCUUAGCAGCGUCAAGGAGGCACUUGUUAACAUAGCUAACGGUGUUUUGUUAUAACUUAAUAACCAACUAAACGAUGUCGGGACCAAAUGGAGAUCCAACUAUCUCUAUUGACGAUGGUAUUAUAAACGACGAAGAUGAAUUCGACGAGGAAGAGUAUGCAAGCAUCAACUCCAUGCUAGAUCAGAUCAACUCCUAUCUUGACGAUCUGGAGGAGCGGAAUGAUGCACUUAAUGGCAAACUACAUGAGCUAAUGGAGUCAAACCGUCAGGCUCGCCUGGAGUUCAGGGCCCAACUGCUUGGCUCGUCUAACCAGGAGGACAAUCCUUCUGCAGAUGGAAACUCCUCAUCCAGCAAAGAAGACAUAAACAAAGACACUGAGGACUUGGAAAUGAGUGAGAAGAGCAAAUGAAUAAAAUGGACUGGGUUAUACGAGAAUAGAUAUAUUUGUGAAAGUUGAGUAAAUUCUGUUUGAUUAUUGUGCAAAACCCUUUCUUCUACCACUGAUCUUAAUCUAGUUUUUCCUCCUUUUUUGAACUAUAGUAAUCAACAGUUCAAAGUGUGAGCCGCUUUCUAUACAAGUUGGACAUCAAUCAUUUUGUAGUCGGCUUGAAGUUUCCAAAUGUUCUGUCACUUUAAAGCUGUCUGUACAGACUUUAACUUUAUUCGACAAGAAAUCAUGAAAAAACAGAAACAGAAAUUCAACUCAAAAUUGCUGACAUUAAAAUACGUUUUAACUUAUCCAGCUCAUUAAUCAAAAGACAAGAGUUUAGAUUCUUGACUCCCAUGGGCUUGAGUCAUUCCUCCCGGAAAGAAAGGCAUUCAGUGUGUGCUAACAUUAAUAUGAACCUUGUAAUAGUUGUACAUUCUCUGUAAUUACUGUAUUAUCCUAUGAAGUAAAUAUGCAACAUUC